ACAUAGAAUUUAGCUCAUUCCUAAAGCCACUUAAACGGAUGAACAAUAGCUAUUAAUAAUCGUUAUUCUGCGUUUUUCGGUUUAAAUAACCCAAUCUAAGUCCGUCCGCGCUGUCAAAGUUGGAAUGGUUAAAGCAAAUGCUUACCACAAUGAGGCUGUACAAGGCGUCUUAAACAGCUAUCUUCAAAGGCCGACAAUGCUUUUUCCCGUUCGGAUUCGGGGCAAUUAAGAGAGGUUUGGCAAAACAAUAGCAAUGAACUGUGGCAUAGAUUAAAUGCGUCUCAGCACAAACAGCAAACAAAAGCAAAAGAGAAGUGAUGCAUAGAUUAAAUGCGUCUCAGCACAAACAGCAGAAAAAAGGAAAGGAAAACCAACCGAUGCUCGAGUUGUCAUUCCAUCACUCUUAAAAUCAUCCCGUCUGACAGAGCUCAAGCAGUUGGCGCACAAGCCUCAACCUGAUCACGUUUGGAAAUACCGGAGUCGUCAAGAGAGUUUAAACAGUUGGUGCACAAGCUCAACCUGAUCACCUUUGGAAAUACCGGAGUCGUCGAGAGCUUGAUGCUUUAGGGAUGCAUCUGAAACCUCUCGAGAAAUAUACCAUCAUUCUCUUAUGGAUAACUCUCGGAAUCAAGCAAUAUACCGUGGAUGCAUGUUUACCUUGGUCUAGAGAUGGCGGUUGGAGUUCGUGGCAUCCAAUCAGCUGGGAGGACACUCCUUGUUGCAAUGGGUUAUUGACCAGAAGACGCAACUGUGACGAUCCAUGCCCGGCCGGCAAUGGAGCUAAAUGUGAAGGGGAUUCCGAAGACAAGAAAGACUGCAACGAGUGUAAACGUGAGUUGGACGGAUGCCAGCAUGAAUGUCUAAAUUACAAUCAUAUAAAAGAAAGUCCACUUACUUUCAAGUGCUAUUGCGAUGAGGGCUAUAGAGUGUCGCCGGCAGACUCAAAGAAAUGCGAGAAGAAAGAAUGCAAAAGACUGAGUGCACCAGCUAAUGGUAGUAUUACUCCUUCUAUAUGCGAAUCCAACCCACGGCAUGAAGAUGCAUGCUUUCGAACAUGCGAUCGAGGGUAUGAACCUAUCGGACCUGAGUACGUAGAGUGUACAGAUGGAAAAUGGAGCGAUACUAACGUAUUUCAGUGUAGAGUGCGCAAAUGUCAAGCCUUAAGCGAGCUGGACAAUGGUAAAAUAACUCCGGCAAUAUGUAACGAGCAACCUCUUCAUGGUCGUACAUGUGUCUACGAAUGUGAUCCAGGUUACAAAGUUAAAGGACAUAACUCAAAUAUAUGUGACGAUGGACACUGGAGAUUUUCUUUUUCUACUUGCGAAGACGUUGAAGAUCCCUCAUUUGGAAAAACAUGCCCAUCAGAGCCAGAAAGUUACAUCGCAGAAGAAGGAAGAAUCACAGCUACACUGGACUUAGAGCUAAUCAAACCUACAGCGACAGACAACUCGGGUGUAGUUAGAUUAUCAUCUUUCCCCCAAGUGACCUCGCCACACGCAUUUCCCGAGGGAAUCACCACUCUGAUUUACGAAGCAGAGGACCCAUCAGGAAACAAAGCACGCUGUUUUUUUAAAGUCUCUGUUCAAGUUCUUCGGUGUUCCGUUUUGCCUGCACCUGCAAACGGGAAGUUUGAGAAUGGUACUUGUGGAAAUGUUUAUGGCAGUUCCUGUCGCUUUGCCUGUAACAAAGGAUACAAAAUAACUGGGUCUGUGGAAAGAAAAUGUGUCAAGAAGAUUGGCACAGACGAGGUGUACUGGAAGGGAAAUGAAACUUCUUGUGCGAUUGUUCGCUGUUUUAGCCUCAAUACUCCGGCCAACACAAUGAAGGCUGGUCUGGGUUGCAAUGAUUCCAGGCCCCGUUACAACACAAACUGUUUCUUCCGUUGUAAUCGUGGAUUUGAAGCUGAGAAAGGAUCGGAAAGAGUAACUUGUAAGGAGACUGGACAGUGGGAUGGAGAUCCUCUUCAGUGCAAAGCUAUCACCUGCAAAUCAUUGACAAUUGGUUCCGUGGAGGGGUUGGAGGUAACACCUCGUUCUUGCAUUAAUACCAACGCCACUAUUCCCUACGAAACACUUUGCCUAUUCGCCUGCAAAUAUGGCUAUCAAUUAAAGGGACCUGGAGGGAAGACUUGUGCUCAAUCCAAAUUACUGGAGCCAACUGGGGAAAAUCCCUCGUGCGAAGACGUUUCAGCGCCGGUGUUCAUAAACUGUUCAAAUACCAUUGAGGUAUAUGCUGACAGAGGUAAAACAUCAACAAUAGUCGACUGGCCCCACCCUACUGCAAUAGACAACUCAGGCUUCGAUCCAAAUGUAAUUCUCCCCGACAAACAGUCAGGUGCAGAAUUUUCUUCUGGGGUACACAUAAUCAUCUACAAAGCAGAAGACAGAAGAGGAAAUACUGCCGAAUGCAAGUUCAAAGUGAUUGUUUCAGUUAUUCGAUGCCUACCUCCACUUCAUAAUCUUCUUGGCGGCCACGUGAGUUGCAGUCUCCACGAUAACCGAUACGGAUCAAAUUGCUCCUAUGUCUGUCAUCUUGGCUACAAAAUGGUAGGCUCUGGUCACAGGGUUUGUGAGAAAAACGCAUCAACUUCCGUGGGCUUUUGGACAGGACUUGACACAAAAUGUGAACUGGUCAGGUGUUUACGUCUCCCCUCCCCUGAUCAUAGUCUACAGCAUGGCUGUGGUGGUGGGCCUUCAGACAGUUAUUACGGGGACAAAUGUUCUUUCCAUUGUAUCCCCGGGUACCGGCGCGUCAAUGGAUCCACUGAAAGAAUCUGUCAAGCCAACGAGACAUGGUCAGGGGAAGAAAUCAAAUGUAACGUUGUCCGUUGUAAAUCCUUGAAACCUCCAAAGGAUGGCGACGUGAAGCCCAGUGAUUGCAAAAAUUCUCCGGUGUAUUACACUUCGUGCGAGUUAAAUUGCCCCAAAGGAUAUAUUUUGCGUGGGGAUCCAAUAACAACUUGUACAAAAGAUGGAACGUGGUCCAAAAACACCAGUGUUACAUACUGUGAAGAUAUUGAAUCACCUUCUUUUGGCUUAACAUGUCCAAGUGACAUCCACCAGUACGCAGACAAGGCAAAGAACCAUACAAAUAUAAGUUGGCCUCCACUUGUAGCUACUGACAACUCUGGGAUAGCACCAAUUGUAAUCAUAACUGGUAAAAAGAGUAUAUACUAUGAGGGAAAGCACGAGGUCGUUUACAACGCUACUGAUGGAGCGGGAAACUACAAAAUCUGCAAGUUUUACGUAACCGUCGAAGUAUUGCUCUGUCCAAACCUUCCCCAACCAACAAAUGGAUUCUUCUUUGGGAAAUGUGGCAACAUUUAUGGAUCAAAAUGCAGGAUACGUUGCAUAGAUGGAUUCAAUUUGCAUGGAUCAGAAAACAUUUCAUGCCUACACAGACCGGGUCACCUUUCUGGGUACUGGGAUAACACGGCUUCAGUGUGCAAAGUGCGGUCGUGUGAUUCUCUUAGUGAUCCACAACAUGGUGUAAUCUACCCACAUAUGUGCAAGUCGUAUCCGGUCAGUGGAACGCUAUGUGAGUUUGAAUGCAAGCCCGGUUACCAACACAAUGGAGGUGUGACCGAAGUGCAUUGUGGAAAUGAUGGAGAGUGGAACAGAACCGGGUCUUUCUUAGAGUGUUCCGACGUAUCCCCUCCGGAAUUCAUCCGCUGUCCUUCAGAUCUUCGUGUAAAUAUUAACGCAAAUUCUACGGCAUUGGUUAAUUGGACAGAACCCAUUGCACAGGACAACAGCAAUGUACGUCCAAAUAUAACAGUUACACCAGCUGGAAUUAGUCCACCCCACAGGUUCAAUGAAACAACACUUGUAGUCUAUACAGCCACAGACGCCAAUGAAAACACGGACGAAUGUUCCUUUCAAGUUAUAAUCGAAGAUAAUGAAGGUCCAGUUGUUGUCUAUUGUCCUCCUGAUCAACACAUAACUGCCACAAAGAUGAAAAUGGUGGUGACGUGGAAUGAACCACAAUUUGAAGACAAUAGCAACAGUCCUUUGGUUAUUAAUUGCAAUCGAGAGAGUGGAGAUGAGUUUUAUUGGGGAACCUGGAAUGUGCACUGUACUGCCUAUGACAACAACCCAAAUAACGAUCCAGCUAUCUGUCAAUUUAAACUAAUAAUAAAACCGACAGAGUGCCCAGAACUGAACGCUCCUUUGAAUGGUGCUAAAGCUUGUGAUGACUGGAUGUUUGGUACAUUUUGUACACCAUCUUGCAACAAUGAAUCUGAUUUUUCACAGCCUCUUCUAUCAAGCAUAUGGGUUUGCGGAGCAAAGGGAACUUGGAAUCCAACAUCCUUCUUGCCGGACUGUACAAAGGUGUUCCGUCCGGGGGAGACAAGAAUGGCAGUUUCCUUGCACUAUUUUUAUGGAGAUUGCAAUUCACCUGAGACCCAACAGCAAAUAAAAGAAAAUUUCAUCAAGCUUCUGAAUGAGUCCUAUUUUAGCGCAGCUUGUCAAGAGGAAGCGCUGAGAGACAAAUGCAAAGUAGAGAAUGUUGUAGUCACUUGUGGUAACGUCACAAGAAGACGACGUUCAACAGACGAAGAUGUACCACAGAGGCGACAUAGGCGAUCAAUUCCACAAACGGAAAUUACUCUUGAUAUUGUUGUUGGCCUCGAUAAAAUUAAAGCAGAGGGCACCAAAGAGAGUGAGGUUAAGGUAGGAGAGGAAGGUGUACAGAUCGCAAAGAAAAUCGGCGACGAAAUGAAGCGUGCAGUGGAUAACGGCAGUCUGUCUUUAACCAUCAAUGGCACUGUGUUACUUCCUGAUAAGCAGUCACUCGAAAUCAAGGAGCCAAAACCGCUUUGUUCGAAUGGACAAACGUUAAGGGGGACUUAUUGUUUAAACUGUACUGCUGGAACAUUUUUGAAUAAGGACACUGGGAAAUGUGACGACUGUCCCAUCGGAACAUAUCAAGGAUUAAAUGCUCAGGAAAUGUGUUUUACGUGCCCCCCAAACACCUCAACAUUUGAAUCCAGAUCUGUAAACAUAUCCAGCUGCUUAGGUUUUUGCAAACCUGGUUCGUAUUCACCGACUGGCUUAGAGCCUUGUACUGCUUGCGAAAAGGGCUAUUAUCAAGUCAUGGAGGGGCAGAAGACCUGUUCAAAAUGCGGUGACAAUGAAACGACGUCCUCUGUGGGUUGCAACAGCUCUACGCAAUGUGGAAUACCAUGCCCUGCUGGUUCCUUCUCUCCAAACGGGUUACACCCGUGUACGUUGUGUAAUAGACGAUCAUUCCAGCCCCGAAGUGAGAGUCGCGCAUGCUUAGUAUGCCCAGGAACAACUGUAGCUUUGAAGUCCGGGUCAAUGAAGGGGCAGGAUUGCAUAGAAAUUGACGAGUGUAAUUCGAACCCAUGCAACCACAAUUCCACAUGUAUAGAUCUCAUUGGUGAUUUCAAGUGCUCGUGCCAACCAGGUUACACCGGAAAGCAGUGUGAGAUUAACAUUGAUGACUGUCAAAACCAACCUUGUGCAAACAAUGGCACGUGUCAUGAUCUUGUAAACAACCAUACUUGUUCAUGCAAGUACGGUUUUGAGGGUGUUAACUGUGAAAGCGAUAUCGAUGAAUGUGCACUUUCACCAUGCUCCAAUAAUGCCUCUUGUAAAAACUUUCCUGGGGGAUUCAGUUGUGUGUGUGAGCCUGGAUACAUAGGAACUCUGUGCAACAUAGACAUUUAUGAGUGUUCCAUAUCUCCGUGCAAGAAUGGGGGGAUUUGCAGAGACAAGAUAAACAACUACGAGUGCAUCUGCACGUUGGGUUACACAGGGAAAAAUUGUGAAGAAAAUAUUGAUGACUGUAGAAGCGACCCCUGUCAAAACGGAGGAAAAUGUCUGGAUGGGAUCGCCAGCUAUCAGUGCGUUUGCCCUCCGGGCCUAAAUGGAACAAGGUGUGAGCAUAACAUAGACGACUGCCUGAGUGCAAAUUGUCAAAACAAUGCUUCUUGCCUUGAUCAAGUGAACGCGUUUUAUUGCAUAUGCCAAAACGGUUUCACUGGUAAGGCUUGUGAACAUGAAAUUAAUGAAUGCCUCUCUGAUCCUUGUAAAAACCAAGCAAAAUGUGUAGACAAGCUUGAUGGCUAUUUUUGUGAUUGCCGCGAUGGAUUUAAUGGAGUAAACUGUGAGAAUGAUAUCGAUGAUUGUGCUGUAAACCCUUGCUUGAACAAUGGCUCUUGUUAUGACGCUAUCAACCACUUUAGCUGCAUUUGCUCGCAAGGUUUUACAGGUGAAAUGUGUGACGUGGAUAUUGAUUACUGUGUUACCGUGCCCUGUUACAACAAUGGAUCCUGUUUGGAUGAUGUAACUUCAUUUACUUGUAUUUGUGAAGGUGGGUUCGAGGGAAAACAGUGUGAGAUCAAUGUGGAUGAAUGCCAGACAGCGAAUUGCUUAAACAACAGUACUUGUAAUGAUGGCAUAAACGAUUAUAAAUGUGCUUGUCCUGAAGGCUUCGUUGGUAUUCAAUGUGAAAUAAACGUUAAUGAUUGUGGGGAAAACCCAUGCUUAAAUGAUGGAACCUGCAAGGACCUGAUAAAUGACUACCAAUGUACGUGUAAGCGAGGCUAUUCCGGUAAAAAUUGUAGUGUAAACAUUGACGAGUGUGCCAGCUCUCCUUGUCAAAAUAAUGCAACUUGCUUUGACAAAGUGGACAACUACACUUGUGCUUGUAUCAAUGGAUUCAGUGGACCUCGAUGUGCCGUCAACGUUGACGAUUGCUUGGUAAAUUUUUGUAGCAAUGGGUCUACAUGCAGGGAUGGAUUACACAGCUACAGUUGUGAUUGCGCACCCGGCUUCUUUGGUGAAUACUGCGACAUGGAAAUCAAUGAAUGCGCGUCGUUUCCUUGUCUCCAUGGCGGAGAGUGUAAAGAUCAGAUCGAUGGCUUUGUUUGUAUCUGUUCCACUGGAUUUUCAGGUGCGCAGUGUGAAAAGAAUAUCGAUGAGUGUGCAUCCAGUCCUUGUGAAAACAAUGGCACAUGCCUUGAUCGUGUGGCAAACUACUCCUGUCAGUGUCCAAAGGGAUUUAACGGAUCCCAUUGUGAAAACCGCAUCGACUACUGCAAAAUUUCAAAUUGCACACAAAAUGGACACUGCGUUAACUCACUUACAGGCUUUAUUUGUAAUUGCAAUAGUGGCUACUACGGCAGAUACUGUGAUUUAGAAAUCGACGAGUGUUUGACAAAACCAUGCUUCAAUAGUGCUACUUGUCGUGAUGCAGUAAACAAUUUUACUUGUUCCUGUGCUGAUGGGUAUACAGGAAAGCUAUGCGAGAAAAAUAUCAAUGACUGUGUUAAUAACUCCUGCUUAAACAAUGCCACUUGUAUGGACCUUACUCUUGGCUACCGGUGUUUGUGUGCUGAUGGGUAUAAUGGAACAUUCUGUGAAACAGAAAUCGAUGAAUGCGAAUCUAAUCCGUGUAUUAAUAAUGGAACUUGCGUAAAUCUAACACCAGGUUACAAUUGCAAAUGUCUGGAUCAGUUCUAUGGGGAAAACUGUGAAAACCUACUAGACCUAUGCAUAUCAUCACCAUGUCAGAAUGGUGGAACGUGUAAAAAUUACAACUCUAUAGGUGGCAUUAAUUGCUCGUGUAGGGUUGGUUUUACCGGAUCUCGUUGUGAGGUGGAUAUAGAUGAUUGUGCUUCAAAUCCUUGUAUGGCCAAUGCUUAUUGCAUAGACGAAGCGAAUAGCUACAGCUGUGAAUGUUUUCCCUCAUACUCUGGAGACCACUGUGACAUAUUUCUUGGAAGUAACUUUGAUCUGGUGUUCCAAAGAAAGAGUGUAGACGAUAUGGUGUUACUAUCUGACGGCACCGAUACUCCCAGUAUGCGACAUUUGACAAUUGCUAUGUUUGUGCAAGCAAACAAGCAAUACAAAUCGGGAACACUGUUCACCUAUAGUGUUCCUGGGAAGCCAAAUGAAAUUAUCGUUAUCUCGUUUAUUGAGUCUCAUGUUGAUUUUUUAAUUAAAGAUAAAGUAGUUAGAACUCGUUUUACUUUAGCAGACGAUCAAUGGCAUUUCUUCGGAGUAGUCUGGGAUGGACUUGCCGGCUAUGUCUCUGUGUUCAUAGAUGGACUAGAGAUGACACGAGAGACAGGUAUUUAUACCAACGAGACUGUAAGGGGAGGUGGUUGGAUCGCUCUUGGUCAGCAUUAUCUCGCAGAUGAUAAUUCUCCAUCGGUGUCGACAGCUUUCUUCGGUACUAUGCAUCAGGUAAACAUUUGGAAUGCGCCAUCAACUGCUCUUCACAUGUGGAACGCCGCCCACAACUGCACUUGGCUCAUUACCGGGAGUUUGCGAGCAUGGAACAGCUUUUUGCCUGGGAUCAAAGGACAAGUGCAGACGAGAUUCAAGACACAAUGCAGAGGUUUAACCACGUGUAAGACAAAUUGCUCACAUUUCCACCAAUGUGAUCCCGUCCCUGGAUAUUAUCGCUGCACUUGUGAGAAAGGAUUCACUGGUAACCAUUGUAACAUGAAUAUUGACGAUUGCAACCCAAAUCCCUGUGUCCAUGGAAAGUGCGUAGAUGGAGUUGACAGUUUUGAAUGUACCUGCGAAACAGGAUAUUGGGGAACCUUCUGCGAAAAAAGAGUUACGGUGCAAAAAGAAUGUCCAUUAUUGAGUCAGCCAAGCCGAGGAAAAAAAAAUUGCAAAACUUUUUCUGGUAAAAUGCUGUGUACCAUGUCUUGCGAUGAAGGUCACUCGUUCAGUGCGGAGGCUAUAACUACAUAUGCUUGUGGUCCUGAUACAGAGUGGAAAUGGAAUGGUUUUGACAAUGUGUCAACAUCUGUAUGUCUGAAUAAAGCAAAACCUCAAGAAAUAGAACAUCACUUCUCCGUUAGGUUUCCCGGGAUACAAUGCAAAAACAUCGGUAGCCAUAACGAACUGCGAUUAGCGGUCGAGAGGGAAAUAAGUGACACUCUCACUAUAAUACCAGGAUGCGAAGCUUGUCAGUUAAAGACCUUAUCAGUUCCUGGGUGUGACUUGACACCUAACCGUAAAAGGAAACGUUCCGCACAUCACUCGGUGAAAGUUCAAUUUUCAUUGGUGGUUAAAGAAGCUGUUAAUGCUUCUUCAUCAAUGGACAGCGUCGAUGAGAAUAGUGAAGCACUUUUGUUUCAAAUGCAAUACGUUGUUGCUGUAGGGCAGUUUAUGAUAAAUUUGCAUGGAAACAAUUUUACUGCCGAUAGAUCUUCGUUUGAACAUAUUUCAUCAAGUAUUACUUGCGGUGCUGGUUACAUGGAAACCAAGAGCGGGAAAGAAUGUGUGGCCUGUCCAGAGGGAACAUUUCGAGAUAGUAACAGUGUCCAUUGUAAUCAGUGUGAGAAGGGAAGUUACCAAGACCAAGUAGGACAGGCGAACUGUAAAACAUGCCUGGAAGGAAAAACAACUAAAGGAGCUGGAGCUACUUCUAACAACGAUUGCUACAAAGAAAAAAGUGUUUUUACUAAAACUAAAGUUGAAUCAGAUGAUAACGCCGUCAUUUACUAUAUUGCUGCGUCAGUGGUGGGAGCUGUGAUACUUUUACUUCUCAUCAUUGGCUGGUGCAGGCUACGGGAAUCCUUUUGUUUUACUAAACCUGUUUUGACAAAUAAAAGUCGUAGUUACCGGCAAGACAACAAGGUAUCAGCCAUGUCGCAUUACAACCAAGCCUAUGGAGAAAAUUCCUUUGACAAAAAACACAACAAGCCACAAAGCGACAAAGAACAAGAACCAAUAUACUGUGAAGUAGAGAACGGAACAAAAACAGAUGCCAACCCUAAAUCCGGUGGAUUACAAAAGCAUGAAAAUCCCCUGAAAGAAAAAUACAACCGUCCACUGAGCGGCAAAGAGCAAGCCCGAAUAUGCAGUGAAGUAACAAAUGAAAUAGACACAUAUGCUAGUCUUACACCUACUGGAUUACAAAAGCGUGACAGUAGCCAUUACGAAAGGCUGUGUUACGCCCCUAAUUCAGGCUCUCAUUACCAAAACGUCCCCCCUUACACAUCAUGAGGAGUUAUGUUGAGUCCAGCAUCGUUUUGGUGGAAUACUUUAAGUAUUUAAAGAACUCUGAAUGCAUACGAGUGACGAUUCGUAAAAGACUACUUUGUCUCCGCUAAGUUUUAAUUCUUUUUUUUGGCCGAGUUAACCAUACAUGCACUUCCCAUAUAGGAGUAUGAUAAUUUUUUCCAAGUCCAACUUAUCCCCUUACUACAUCAGGGCAGAGAAGUUUUCUCCGAAUCCAAACUCACUGCGAUUUAACUAAGGUGGCCUUUGCCAACGAAAAAGCUUCACCUAUUGGCAGGCCUGCUUCGUAUCUUUUGGUUAUACUUGUUUCGCGUUUUAGUGUAGCAGAUCGAUAUUUCAAAGUGCCAUCAACGAAGAAAGUUUAAUUUUCUCCUCUUCCGAUACUACUUCUUUGGAAUAACCACAUUUUUAUAAUAAAACUCCAAUGAAUCAGUACAGUUCUAUAUGAGAAUUUUUAAACCCCUAGUAAAUCUUUAUAUAUAUCUCCACGUAAACGAGGCUGUACAAUUAACGUCAUUUGCCUGAAAACCAAAGCUUGAGACAACUUUAUGCGCGGCCAUCGUUACGAUUCGCCUGAGAGGAUGUCUAAAGCGUCAUGCUUCUGUUAAAAUCGCUGUGGUAUGUCGUAAGGGGAAGUUUCAUUAUAUAGUAAAGUGGCAGGCAUAAUCUCAAAAACCUCUAGAGAAAAAUGAACUAAUUGCAGAAGUUUUGUUAGAUUUAAAGCACUAAAAGUGAAGGAUAUUGCCCCUAAAAGAUUUUUUCAGCACUUGCCUCUACACCUAACAGGCAUUGAAAGUACCAGACACGUAGCCUUCGAUAAGGCCUUUGAACGCUUGAGUAAGUAGUAUGUAGGGUAAAGUAUUAUAACCCUGCCGGUAGCUCUCGUUUAGAACACAUGUUUACCACAUUUGUAAUAACAAGAAAUAUAUAAAGUAGACACUAGCGGUGCAGGUUGGAGAAUUUAUGUGCUUAUAAUGUCCAUAGUUUUGCUUAAAAAAAGUUACAUAAAUAAAUAAAUGAGAACGAAAAAAGG